AUGGCUGACUACACCCCACCGCCAGAAUCGCCAUCAGGGCCACAGCCCCACCCAUACUUGCACGAGCCUCUGCUCUACGUUUCCGGUCUCCCACCAUACGUGACGGAUGAGAAUCUAGCAGCCACUUUGGGCGCAUGUGCCCCCUUCAGACCUCGCAUACCUCGCGACGAUCCCAGCAGACCGCUCUCGGGGACCAUUGAGUUCAAAUACCUAGAGAAAGCGGAGAUGGCGCUCGCGACUCUGCAAAAUCGUCCCAUCGCAGGAGUGACGCCACAUGCGCUCCUCGUACUCUCGCCGUACCCGCCCACCACCCCACCCACGGCUCUCCCUCCCCCGAGCGCGUCUCCCAGGCUUGUUAAGCACCUCCCUCCGGACUACACCGAUACCCAAUUGUUCAACCUCUUUCGGCCCUACGGCGCCCUCGCCUCUGUGCGCACGCAGGCCCAAUUUGGCAAAGACACCGGCGUUGUCGAAUUUUGGAGGGAAGAGGAUGCCCGACGCGCCGAAGAAGCACUGCAGUACGCGGACGUAGAGGGGCAAAGCAUCGCCGUGCAAAUAUUCCAGCAACGUCGCACGAGUGGGAAUGUCUCUGAAUUUAACGUGACGGCCCCGGCGUUCGUGCCCUCUGGUUCAGGUUAUCCCGGUCCAUACCCUCCCCAGUACUCUCCUUCGCGGGCGAAUCCUUAUCAGAUGAGAGCACCUGUGCCGUUUAUUCAUGGGCCUGGCCAGCAAGUGCAGCUUGCUCCUAUGCAUGGACCUGGCUCAACUAGUCACAGCGGUCUCAUUGACCCUUGCAACCUCUUCUGCAAAAACUUGGAUCCUUCGAUCGAUUCGAACGGCCUGUUCACACAUUUCCGCCAGUACGGCCAAAUCGUGAGCGCCCGUGUUAUGCGCAAUGAGAACGGAGAGAGUCGUGGGUUUGGCUUUGUCUCUUACCAGACACCAGAUCAAGCUACUGCCGCGAUGCACGCGAUGAAUGGCGCUGUGCUCGGCACGAAGCAGCUUGUCGUCCGUUUGCAUGAGCCGAAGCAACUCCGUCAAGAAAAGCUCGCCGCACGAUUCUCUGGACAUAAUGGUCACCCACGAAACGCUAGCGGUGCGACAAGCCCAACAGCAAGCGAAGGUGGUGAGAGCUAUGCUGGUUGGCCUAGUCCUGGUGGUAGAUCUGCUAUCCUUGGUUCUCCGGCAGCCCAUCACGAGAGGUUGGAAAGACCACGCAGGGGAUCUGGCAGCUAUUAUAACGCCGCACUCGCUGGUACCCUUAAUGUGCCUAUGCGCUAUGAUGACCUUUCGGCGCUGUCGCCUGUCGUCCGUAAAGAGGUGUUGUCAGGGGAGUUGAGCAGACGGCUAAAGGCCACGGACAGCGUCGAUGCCAACGAGGUUGACGUGAUCGUGAACCAUUUCGUCGGUCUAUCUCUCAGCGAAGUGGUUUCGUCUAUCCAAGAUCCCACAAAGUUCAAUGACCAGAUCCAGAAUGCGCGCUUGAAAAUGAAACCCAAGACGUCGGUCACGCCGCCUGAGAAAUCACCGUCGCCAGCCGCUUCGCAAGACUCGCGGUUGUUGGAUCCAAACGCGUUGAAUGCGACUGCGUCAGCCCCGGAACAUCCAUCUACUCCGAUCUCCGUCUCUGCUUCGCUCUCGACACCUCCUCGGACUUCGUCGCCAUCGGGGUCUGUUGCCACCCCGGCUUCUGAGCGCGAGCGCAUCGCCGCGGCUGUCGCACGCCUCGAACCUACUCGCGCUGCGGAGGUUACUGAGCUUCUUAUGAGCUUGCCCAAACGUGAGCGCGCGAUGUGUUUGUUCAACGUGGAGGUGUUGCGGUCGAAGAUCGCGGACGCGAAGUUGGUGUUGGACAGUUCGGACGGCGAAGAAGAGUCCGCACCCACGCCUGCCGUACUCACCAAGAAUAUCCCGGACGUCCCCGUCACGCCUCAGAACAAGAGGACCGCCGUGCUGCAGGAAAGCCCUCGGACCCCUGACCUGUCGUCUCGCGGUCCAUCUGCGGCUGCGUCCCCAUCGCCAGCAACGCCGAGCUCUACAUACACAGUCGCAUCGCUCGCACGCCUCCCCGCAGCUGAAAUAAUUCGGCUGGCGAACUCACCGUCGACCACGGGGGUACCUGUACCCAAGGCGGACCCCCUCGUCGUAAAGGCGACCGACGAGUUCAUCGAUGGACUAUUAGAUCGCCCGAUCCAGAUGCAGAAGCAGCAACUGGGUGACAAGCUGUUCCGUGUGAUCAAGGCGUUUGGCCUUAAGCAGGCUCCUAAACUUACGAUCGCACUCCUCGACCAAGACGAACUUCGGCCGUUGGCGCACCUCAUGAACAGCUAUCCCGCUAUCCUGAAGGAGAAGGCUAUCAUUGUCCAGGCAGCCCUUGCCAAGUGAUGAAGCCGUCUCCAACAAUUCCCCAUAUCCCCUCCCUCGAUCUUGUCCAAAGUCCAUCGUCGUUGUCUCGCAUCGCCUCAUCGUUUUUCUCUUGUCUAUCUCCAACGUUGCUUCCAGUAUCACACCUCAAACACCUACCCUCAUUCACCAUUUUAUUCACAUUCCUGUUGCCCACUUCUAAAAUGCUGCUUUUGCCCGUCGCACCGCUAUAUCCCCGAAUGCCCUCCCAUUUCACAACGCGAUUAAUACCUUUCCUAUACCACGCAGUGCUCAGGCGCUAUCAUUCAUCUGGGUAUAUGGCUACGGCUGACUAUUCCCUGUCUUUCAUCACUCCUUGAGAAAGACUUCUUCUUUGGAAUCUAUCCUUGUGCAUACGUAGUCUUGCUUCCUUUCUUUGCCUCUUUUACGACCUUUCAUGACACUGCGUUUGCUCGAUUCUGAUUGAUGAUUUCUAACGGGCUCAGGAGGAUCGCCUGUUUUUUUUCUCUGUUCUGUGUUUUGUCUGCCUUGUCUCAGUUUACUUGUGCAAUUCAUUCGAGCUUGAAUGUU